AUUCCCAAUCAAGCUUCAACUUCACGCUUCCCCUCCGCUAUAAAACCCUACCUCCUCCCCAAUUCUGUCUUUCUUUCACACUUAGAAAUUUCUUUUCCCAUAAAUGGGGGAUCUGAAAAACCCCAAUCAGGCGACGUCGUUUUUGAAUCCUCUACCACCAGGUUCGCGAUUCUACCCUUCCGAACAACAGCUCAUCUGCUUCUACCUCACUUCCAAGAACAACGGCGGCGCUGCAAUUAACAACAGCACUGGCCCUUAUGGCAUAGACGUGAUUAAGGAGAUUGACUUGUACAAUUUCGAACCCUUUAACUUGCCGGAGGCGGCCGGGUUCCGGUUUGGGAGUGGCGGGCUGAGGAGGCACUGGUAUUUUUUUGUGGGUCGGAUUUUGAAGGAAGGAGGAGGGAGGAGGAAGGCCGGCGGCGGGUAUUGGAAGAGGAAAAGGGUUAGGGAUGUCAUGGGCGCUGGCGCAGACAAAGUAGUGGUGGGGACGCGCAAAAGUUUUGUUUUUUAUUUGGGGGAUUCUCCCUCGAAUGCUGUGAAGACUCAUUGGGUUAUGUAUGAAUAUGCUCUUAUUGAUCAUCAUCAUCAUGCGGGUUCUUUUGUCCUGUGCCGAAUUUUUCUCAAAUCACAUACACAAAAUAGUUUAUCAGAGCACAUGAUAAGUUCCUGCGGUGAUGGAAGUGUUGCAUCAGUGCGCCAUGUAGGUGUUCAGUGCGACGGAAAUGUUAAAUCGGUAGUAAGCAAAGCCCAAAGCCAUGAGAAAAAUACACCUGAUGAUGAAAAUAGGGUUUCAAACAUUCAGGCGGGAUGUGGUAACGAGUUAGUUGAUCUUAAAUACAGGCCUAUUUAUGGGCAGGUAUUGUGCCUCUAGUCUUCUUUCUUUCUUCAUGAGAACUUGCAAUCUUUUUCUGUUAGUAUGAAGUUGUGUCCAUUUUGUAGUUCAGUAGCCUCUUUUGAUCUUUUUUUGGGUGUCUCUGCUCUAUGGUUAAUUAUGAUGAUUGUGUUUCCAUGCCAUAGUAUCCUCGCGAUACUUACACAUGUGAUUUUGUCUACCUGAACCUGGAGAAACAUUGAGAGCAUCAGGGUUGUCUGUGAUGUUCAGAUUUUCUUUUCAUUCUAGAUUAGAUAAUGAAGUUUUCAUAUUAUAUAUGUUUCUAUAAAAAUGUUCAUAGAGGUAGCCUUCUUACGAAAGGUAAAAGCAAACUCAUUCAUUUGUGCAAACAUAAAAGUUCUAAAUUAUGUUAGAUUUUGCUACUGUUUUCUUGGUGGUUAGUGUUGUCUAUGAGAGGAAUAUGGGUUCCCUGAUGGAUCUUUUACUUUGUUGAGUACCUUUGGGAGUUUCAACGUCUCUGUUUCUAAUGUUUAAGCUCUGCUUCUUUUGCCGUAUUUUAUAAAUUUAGUGAUUGCAAAGACUUGAAAGUGCUCUAAUUUUCAUUUUUUGUGCUUUACUUCUGCAGCAGGACCUGACAGCGAUUUUAGAUGGAGAUUUUAUAGAGUUAGAUGACCUUCUAUGUCCACUUCCAGGAGUUGACUAAUUUAUUUACUCCAGUUACAAUAUUCUUAAAAGAAUAUGAGAGGCUGACAUCUUCAUGCUCAGCAGAUUUGUCUUGUUGGUGAAGCAACACACUUAAAAAUAUGUGGAAGGCAUUAUCCUGAUGCUCCAUUUACUCUCCUCAAUGGAGGUAACAUUAUGAUGAAUGUUGGAUACCCAUUGGAAAUCUACCCUCGCCAUGGGUAAACAAUAACUUAAGAAUUUUUUGUUCGAUGUAUAUUACGGCGGAAAUGUGAAAAGGUCGACUGGUGUAGGAAGAUAAACCUUAAUGAAGGUGGUGAUAUUCGAAGGCCAGGAGGGCUCAGUUUCUGAGGUAAUCAUGGGCAUUUACUUAUUGCCUUUAUAUGUUCUGGAGUUCCCGGGAAAGUCGUUUGUGUUUAUUUCUUUUGCUUUGGACAUGCAGAUCUUCGUUGUGCGUAUCAUGUACUUGUGCUGUGGUAGCUGGCAAGUGAGACUGAAAGAUGUAAGCUGUGGUGGGGGAAGACAGUCGAGCCGUUUUUGCAUGCCAUUAUCUGUGGCAAUUUUGGAUGGCGGGGGAGUCCUUUGCGUACACCUUACUCGGUGUAGCUUGUUUUAUGAUAGAUUGCUGGGGAAAAAAAAAAACUCUUGUUUGUUUCAAGUUUUUCUGGAAGAUCAUUGAUCUUGUAAAAUAGUGGGAGUUUAGGAUUGAAAAGUUGAUCUGCUUCCUCUUGUAAAUUUGAUGGAUUUAAAUUGGGUUUUGUAAGGUACUUAUGACUUCAGAAGUUUAUUUGGUCUCUUUUCCUCUUUAUCUGGUUUAUCCUUAAUCCGCGCUUCAUGGGGGUGGUGUGUGCUAGAACAUUUUUCUUUUUCAGUUUGCCUUUUUUAAGGUUUGUGCUAAAUAAGUGACAGAUUUUAGUUAUUACCAGAGGGGAAAAAUGGGAAUAUAGUUAGAUCUUUCAAGACUAAAAUCUUCUUUUCCUUUCUAAUUGUGUUUGCUUAACUUUUAUGUACGCUACCUUUUUUUCUUUGUUUUUUUUCUUAGUUACAACUGAGUUCAUAAUCACUUUUACCUCCUGAAAACAAUCCUUCAGUAAUCAGUAUAUUUUUGCAAUUCUUAACUUACC